AUCUGACCAAUUUAAAAAAUGCGAAUUGCGAAGAAAGUAGUUAAGAGUUGUCAAAACGGCUACAACGUUUUCGAAUCUUCUAAUACUAACAUUGAAAAAGUUUCUCUGUAUCCUAUUUUUGAAUUCGUGUUUUCAAAACUUUGCUUUGAAAAUAUUGCCAUCAGCUUUUGUGGUGUAUCAAGGCCGGCACUGGAUUUGGUACAUUCUGUUUUUUUACUUUUGUUUCUUGAUGGGUAUAUUGGGUAGUCGCCACUCGCCAACAAGGUACCUGUUUUUCCCCCGAUGAUCAGCUGCGUGCUUGAGGUCUCCCGGAAGCUCUUUUAGUUAUCAAUUCAAUGGUUUUGAAUAUUUUUGGGAUGCAAAUAGUGAAAUGGUGAGGUUUAGGUUGGUUUAGCAUUCUACACUUCACUAGUGACUCAGAUUUAUAAGUUCAGAACUACAGAAACCAUGAAUUCACAAAAAUUUGAGCUGUGUGGCAAAAUGGUUCAAAACAGGGAUGGAGGAGGCUUGGCAGAUGCGAAGGAAGAUUUACCUGGGAAUCUGAAUGAAAAUGAUUUCAAGAAUCAUAAUAGCAAGCAUGUUUCUCUUGAUAUUUCAACUUCUCGAAAGGCACUGCUGGGUGAUGAUGACUCUCUUUCUAUUAGAGGGAAAGAAGACACGUUAAAAGUAACUCCUACUAGACUAAAUGUACUGAAACUCAGUACUGAUAGUAGUUCAAAUUCUCCGAAGGCUAAAUUCAGGCAGAUUGCAGAGGAAAGAGAUCAAAUAUCACGUUCUGUGCCGUCUUCCACUUGCCAAGGUUUUCAAGAACGCUUCAAUGGACUUGUGGCUCGGAAAAUUGAUUGGACAUCUUUACAGAACAUCUGUAGAAACUGGAUUAUGAAUCCCUUUAACAUGGCUCUAUUUUUAUGGAUAAGUUGUGUUGCACUCUCAGGAGCAAUUCUUUUUCUAGUGAUGACAGGAAUGUUAAACCAUGCUUUACCGAAGAAAUCACAGAGAGAUGCUUGGUUUGAGGUCAAUAAUCAAAUUCUCAAUGCUCUCUUUACUCUUAUGUGCCUGUACCAACAUCCAAAGCGGUUCUACCAUCUUGUGCUUCUGUGUAGGUGGAGGCCAAAGGAUGUAACAACACUAAGAAAAAUUUACUGCAAAAAUGGUACUUACAAGCCACAUGAAUGGGCUCAUAUGAUGGUGGUUGUUAUUUUACUUCACAUAAAUUGCUUUGCACAGUAUGCUUUAUGCAGCCUCAAUUUGGGAUACAAGAGAUCCAGACGGCCUGCUAUAGGUGUUGGUAUCUGCCUUUCUGUUGCAAUUGCCGCUCCAGCAAUAGCAGGUGUCUAUUCUAUUGUUAGCCCCCUUGGAAAGGAGUAUGAAUCCGAGUUUGAUGAAGAAGCGCAGAAUAAAACUCUCACUGAUGACACUGGUCAUUCUAACCGCCGCACAUCACACGAGAAGAGGUUUUCAUUUGCAUCAAAAAAUGAACAAAGGAUUAUUGAGUAUGCACCUGUAUGGAGAGGGGGAAUAUUAGACAUUUGGGACAACAUUUCUAUAGCAUAUCUUUCUUUAUUUUGUAGUUUUUGUAUGUUCGGAUGGAACAUGGAAAGGCUUGGGUUUGGAAACAUGUAUGUUCAUAUUGCCACUUUUCUUCUUCUUUGCAUUGCUCCUUUUUGGAUUUUCAACUUGGCUGCUAUCAACAUUGAUAAUGAGACUGUUAGGGAGGCUCUAGGUUUAACUGGUGUAGUGCUUUGUUUGUUUGGUCUAUUAUACGGUGGCUUCUGGAGGAUCCAGAUGAGAAAGAGAUUCAAUUUGCCAGCAAAUAAUGCAUGUUGUGGAAAACCAGCUAUUGCAGAUUGCACCCAGUGGCUUUUUUGUUGUUGGUGCUCUCUUGCGCAAGAAGUCCGAACAGCGGACUUCUAUGAUAUUGUGGAGGACAAGUUUUGCAGGAAACAAACAUAUGAGGUCGACCAGCCCCCUCUCUCUCCCUUACCCCAUGAUGGAGUGCAGUUUAAAUACAACCCAACAUCUCCCCUUCAGAAUAGCCCUAGGUUGUCCAGGCUCGGGGCUGAUUACUCUCCAAGUCCAAGCAGAUUUUCAAAAGAUUAUCAUAGUCCAGGCAGGCAGCUUCCCAAGGCAGAGGACGAGUAUCAUACAACAGAUACUGACAAUGUCAUGAAGCCACCUGUCUUACCAUCAAUACAAAGGGAAGAAACCACUGAUCACUGAACCAAAAUAUAUGAAGGGAAAGACCUGUACAACGGUACAUCUAUAUUACAUGUAUUUCAUUUAUAUAUAAAUAUAUAUUCUUUCUCCUGUAUAAUUCUUGUUGUAUUUUGAUGAGUCUCUUCUGUUUUCUUAAGUGUUUAAAGCAGACACUGCCAUAUUUCAUCUCAUGCUUAUCUAUUUUGAUUGAUCUCUUUAGUAACAAGAGUUUGACA